AUGUCUGAUCCAGGAGCCGAGCUUCAAUCCACUCUACGCAACCUAUCAAUUGGCGAGACAGGUCGUCCAGUGCAGGACAUUGUGCGUCCUACAGUGAAAGUAGCCUCUGCCACCACCCCAACCUCUGCCCCGAAACCUCGAAAGCCUAUAAAGAAGCCCGUUGCAGACUCUUGGGAAGACGAAGCCACGUCCGACGACGAGCCUGCUUCACAAGGAGAUGCCGCACCGUCUCCGUCCGUUCUCUCUCCCACCCUCAGUGCAGAGGGUCCGCUAGAUCCUCCGCCCACGCCCAUCUCCCCGCAGACUUCUAAUCUCUGGGCCGACACGGGUCGGUCGGGCUCUCCUGCUGCGGGGCAGCGUGAUCCGAAUCGCCGACCAGAGAAGCAAACCGCAGUCGCUGGUCGGCUGAUCGCGGGCGCGCUGGGUAUCCGGGCACCGAAGCGUACUGAGGAGCAGCGUGCCUACGAUCGCUCUGUCAAGGAGCAGGAGAUUAAACGGCGAAACCGAGAGCGUGAAGAACAGGCCAAGGCCAAAGAAGACGAGGAGCGCCUGAAAUCUUCGGUGUGGACGGACUAA